ACAGCAGCAGAUCAUCAUUUCUUUCAAUUUUGUUUGUCGUAAGGAGGAAGUGUUUUUCUAAAUGUUUUUGGCUCAUUUUUUAAUAUCAAAUUGGUUUCACAAACUUAAUCACGUUAUUAAAAGCUUAGAUGAAGUAAACAAAAAUAUAUGAAAUACCACAAGAGUCGAAUAAAGUAGUGGUGUUGGAUCAUCGCAGUUAUCAGUAAGUGAUAACAACAUGCCUGAAAUCAAAAUUACUCCUUUGGGAGCUGGGCAAGAUGUGGGCCGGAGUUGUAUACUACUGUCCAUGGGAGGUAAAAACAUAAUGUUAGAUUGUGGCAUGCACAUGGGCUACAACGAUGAAAGACGAUUUCCCGACUUCUCUUACAUAGUUCCAGAAGGUCCAAUAACCAGUCAGAUCGACUGCGUAAUUAUAUCACAUUUCCACCUGGACCAUUGUGGAGCGUUGCCCUACAUGUCCGAAAUGAUAGGCUACACUGGCCCUAUAUACAUGACUCAUCCUACCAAAGCUAUAGCACCUAUUCUGCUCGAGGAUAUGAGAAAAGUUGUUGUGGAAAGAAAGGGAGAAUCAAAUUUUUUUACUUCUCAAAUGAUAAAGGACUGCAUCAAGAAGGUGACUGCUGUCACACUGCAUCAGUCAGUCAUGGUGGAUAAUGAUUUAGAAAUAAAGGCAUAUUAUGCUGGUCAUGUGCUUGGAGCUGCUAUGUUUUGGAUCAAAGUUGGCUCCCAAUCUGUUGUGUACACCGGAGACUACAACAUGACCCCGGACAGGCAUCUAGGUGCAGCUUGGAUUGAUAAAUGCCGUCCCGAUUUAUUGAUAACAGAGUCAACUUAUGCCACUACCAUUCGAGACUCAAAACGCUGUCGUGAGAGAGAUUUUCUAAAGAAAGUGCAUGAAUGUGUAGAAAAAGGUGGAAAAGUCCUCAUUCCUGUAUUUGCAUUGGGCAGAGCUCAAGAACUUUGCAUUUUACUGGAAACUUAUUGGGAGAGAAUGAAUUUAAAGUAUCCAGUUUACUUUGCAUUGGGACUGACUGAAAAAGCUAACAAUUACUACAAAAUGUUUAUUACUUGGACUAAUCAAAAGAUUAGGAAGACAUUUGUACAAAGAAAUAUGUUUGAUUUCAAGCACAUUAAGCCUUUUGAUAAGACCUACAUUGAUAACCCAGGCGCCAUGGUGGUUUUUGCUACACCAGGAAUGUUACAUGCUGGAUUAUCAUUGAAUAUCUUUAAAAAAUGGGCACCUUAUGAGCAAAACAUGGUUAUUAUGCCUGGUUUCUGUGUCCAAGGAACUGUUGGUCACAAAAUUCUAAAUGGGGCUAAGAAAGUUGAAUUUGAAAAUCGCCAAGUUGUUGAAGUUAAAAUGGCUGUUGAGUACAUGUCAUUCUCAGCCCAUGCUGAUGCCAAAGGCAUCAUGCAACUAAUACAGUAUUGUGAGCCUAAAAAUGUGCUAUUGGUACAUGGUGAAGCCCAGAAAAUGGAAUUUUUGAAAGACAAGAUUGAAAAAGAAUUUAAAAUAAACUGCUACAUGCCAGCUAAUGGUGAAACAACUGUGAUAAAUACUCCAACAAAGCUCCCUGUGGAUGUUUCUCUGAGACUACUGAAGGCUGAGGCUGUGAGGUACAAUGCUUUGCCCCCAGACCCAAAAAGGCGACGUGUUGUGAAUGGGAUUCUGUGUGUCAAAGACAACAGACUUUCAUUGUUGGAUAUUGAUGAAGUAUAUGAUGAAAUAGGUAUCAACAGGCAUGUAAUUCGGUUCACAAGUACAGUACGAUUUGAUGAUCCAGGCCCAGCUGUCAAGACUGCAGAAAAACUAAAGGCACUACUAUCUGAAAAACUGGAGGGCUGGACAAUAACCAUAUCCGAUGGUAACAUAUCUGUUGAAUCAGUGCUUAUAAAAGUUGAAGGAGAUGAAAAUACUAAAAGUAUUUAUGUGUCUUGGACAAACCAAGAUGAGGAUUUGGGCAGUUACAUUUUGGGCCUGCUACAAUCUAUGGUUCAAUGUUCUUAAAUAAGUU